AAAAAAAAAACAUUUCAUACGUUAAUUAGCCGACUUCAAUUUAGCCAUGUCUCAAACUAUAUUUCCAACAAAAAUGCAAUCUUGGACUCCAAUCACGUCUGGUCAUGUUAGCAAAUUUCUCCCUCGUAUUACUAUGUUGCUUUGCUUUACUCUUAACGCCAACUCCCCCCACCCACCCACCCACCACCCCACCCCAGUCAUCCUUAUUCCCUUUCCUCUCUAAACUUGCAUUCUAAUCUAUACAUUCACACAAUCUACAUCUAUAUUUGCACUUCAAUUUCACCCAAAAAAAAACCAAAAAUGCUCCUAAAUUAAUUCCCGCACCACGUCAAAUUUGACAAAUGUUCACACAUUUUACAUUUUUUUAAUUAAUAUAUAAAAUCAUUUCCCCUCUCUCUCUCUCUCAUAGACAGUUUUGGGAAAAAUUGCUGGAACAGAGAUCCCUUUUUCUUUUCAGCUAAUCAGAUCUUCUCCUCAAUUUCACUCUACUUUUAUCUUCUUCUUCCUCCUAUUUAUUCAUUUUCUCUCUCUUUCCCGCUGUUGUGAUUGUUUUCUACUUCAAUUUUUCUCUCUCCUUUUCACUUGGGCUGAAUUUUCUUUGUAUUUUUUCACUUGGGUUGUGAACAAUUUUUGCUGGGUUUAAUUUGAUUCAGUCAAAAUUAGGGUUUCGAAUUGAUUGGUGAAUUGGGAAUUUGGGGAAGCUGUUGUUUGUUUGAGAUGAUAAUAAAGAAGAGCUUGAAAACGGUAAUGCCGAGUUUGAAACGGUGUCGUAUGGCUGAUUCGGGUGGUGAUGAUAACGAAGACUUUUCUAAUAAUAAUCGGAAGAAGCGGAAGACUAGUAACAGUAGUAGUGGGUAUUACCCUUUACACCUACUUGGUGAGGUUGCCGCCGGUAUAAUUCCAUUUAAUGGAUAUAAUAUUAAGAAAAUUUUAGCCGCCGGAGGUAACGGCGGAGCUACGGCGGAGGUGGCGGAGGAGUCGUGGUGUACGGAGGUGUCGCGUUGUGCUGGUGAGGCGGAGGCGGACUCGAAUUCGAUGCCGAAACAGAGGAGUAAUUCGGUGCAGGAGGCUGCACGGCCGCCACUGGUGAGGACUUCACGCGGACGCAUUCAGGUACUUCCGUCUAGGUUUAAUGAUUCGGUUCUUGAUAAUUGGAAGAAAGAGAAGAGUAAAACUAGUGUUAAAGAAUCUGCUUUGGACCCUGAAUUUGAUCCCUAUAGCGAAAAGGCUAGCUCGAGAAAUGCUAGACGUGAAAUUGGAAGUAAGAAGCACCAAUGUCGUGUGUUGUCGCCCAAUGGAACAGUAGAAAUUGGGUGUAAUGGAUCAAAGAGGAAGUACUCUACUUCCCGGAGUACAUUAACAUCGUUACAUGAGCGAUUGGGAGAUGCAGAGGAGUUUGAUGAAGCUAUUGAUGGAAUGGUGAAGGUGGAGGGAGGGAGGAGAGCGAAUAGGUUCGGUUAUGAGGGUUUUAGUUCAGGUGAUAUAGUUUGGGCAAUAUCCGGGAGAAAUUGUCCUGCUUGGCCGGCAAUUGUACUUGAUUCAGAAACGCAAGCUCCCCAACAAGUUCUAAAUUAUCGUGUUGCUGGAACAUUAUGUGUCAUGUUCUUUGGCUACUCUGGAAAUGGCACACAAAGGGAUUAUGCAUGGAUUAGACGCGGAAUGCUAUUUCCAUUUCUGGAACAUGUAGACAGGUUUCAGGGACAGACUGACUUGAAUGACAGCACGCCUGCUGAAUUUCGCUCUGCCAUAGAAGAGGCAUUUCUUGCUGAAAAUGGCAUUGUUGAGAUGUUGAUGGUCGAAAUUAAUGCAGCAGCUGGUAAUCUAAAUUAUCUCCGGUCUCUUCCCCGAGGACUGUUUGAGUCCUCUGAUUCAAAUCACGACCAAGAGUGUAACUCUCCAAGCCAGACACGUUUCAAGGAACUGUCGAAGAAGAAAGAACUUGACUCUUGUGAUGCUUGUGGAUCAAGACUCUCGUCUAAGCCAUCCAGGAAAUUGAACGACUUAACUCUUAGGAGCCAUCGUCUGUGUACUGCGUGUGCGGGGCUAAAGAAGAGAAAGCAUUAUUGUGGCAUAUGCAAGAAGAUUCGUAAUCCCUCAGAUAGUGGAACUUGGGUACGUUGUGAUGGUUGCAAAGUGUGGGUGCAUGCUGAGUGUGACAAAAUUUCCAGCAGAAGUUUAAAGGAGCUUAGCACCUCUGAUUACUAUUGUCCAGAAUGCAGAGCAAGAUUUAACUUUGAAUUGUCAGACUCAGAAAACAUGAAUUCUAAGGCUAAAAACAACAAAAAUGAUUGUCAGCCAGUAGCAUUGCCAGAUAAGGUUUCUGUUAUCUGCUCAGGAGUGGAAGGCAUUUAUUUCCCAAGGCUUCACCUGGUUGUUUGCAAGUGUGGAUAUUGUGGAGCACAAAAACAGGCACUUAGUGAAUGGGAGCGGCACACAGGUUCUAAAAUAAAAAACUGGAGGAUCAGUGUCAGGGUCAAGGGUUCUAUGCUACCUCUAGAACAAUGGAUGCUGGAAAUGGCUGAGUAUCAUGCACAGAAUGUUGUUUCUACCAAACCGGCUAAACGUCCUCCUUUGAAAGUACGGAGACAAAAGCUGCUUAGCUUUCUCCAAGAAAAAUAUGAACCUGUUUAUGCAAAGUGGACCACAGAAAGGUGUGCAGUAUGUCGGUGGGUUGAAGAUUGGGAUUACAACAAAAUUAUUAUAUGCAUUAGGUGUCAAAUUGCUGUUCAUCAAGAAUGCUAUGGAGCAAGAAAUGUUCGUGAUUUCACUUCAUGGGUCUGCAGAUCUUGCGAGACUCCUGAGAUUGAACGGGAGUGUUGUCUUUGUCCUGUGAAAGGAGGUGCUUUGAAGCCCACAGAUAUAAAGCAAUUGUGGGUUCAUAUUACCUGUGCUUGGUUCCAACCUGAAGUUUGUUUUGCUAGUGAUGAGACAAUGGAGCCUGCGGUUGGAAUUUUGAGAAUCCCUUCAAAUUCUUUUGUGAAGAUAUGUGUGAUCUGCAAACAAAUUCAUGGUUCCUGCACACAAUGUUGCAAGUGCUCAACUUAUUACCAUGCUAUGUGCGCAUCAAGGGCUGGGUAUCGCAUGGAGCUGCACUGCUUGGAGAAAAAUGGGAAACAGGUUACAAGAAUGGUUUCAUAUUGUGCCUACCACAGGGCUCCUAAUCCGGAUACUGUUCUUAUCAUUCAGACUCCCAAAGGAGUAUUCUCUGCAAGAAGCCUUCUUCAAAACAAUAAGCGCACAGGUUCUCGUCUAAUUUCAACAAGCAGACUAAAACUUGAGGAAGCUCCGGCAGCAGAGAUAGAAGAGAUUGAGCCAUUCUCUGCUGCAAGAUGUCGUGUUUAUAAUCGAUUGCGUGAUAAGGUGAAUCUCCUUGUUAUUGCUUGUCAGGGAACAGGAGAAACUGCCAUUGCCCACCACGUGAGGGGACCCUGUCACCAUUCGUCAAGUUCAAUACGAAGUUUGAACAUUGUUAAAGAAGUCAAGGGAUCCAAAUCAUUUUCUACCUUUAGGGAACGGCUUCGUGAAUUACAGAGAACAGAAAAUGAUCGUGUUUGCUUUGGUAGAUCUGGGAUACACAGAUGGGGUCUCUUUGCUCGUAUAAAUAUCCCAGAAGGAGAGAUGGUUCUCGAGUAUCGUGGUGAGCAGGUCAGACGCAGUGUUGCAGAUUUGAGGGAGGCACAGUAUCGUAUUGAGGGAAAAGAUUGCUAUCUAUUUAAGAUUAGUGAAGAAGUUGUGGUGGAUGCCACUGAUAAGGGAAACAUUGCACGUUUAAUAAACCAUUCAUGCAUGCCAAACUGCUAUGCACGGAUCAUGAGUGUAGGAGGUGAUGAGAGUCGGAUUGUACUUAUCGCCAAGGCAAACGUGGCUGCUGGUGAUGAAUUAACGUAUGAUUACUUGUUCGAUCCAGACGAAUGUGAGGAUUUCAAGGUUCCUUGCCUGUGUAAAGCUCCAAAUUGCAGAAAGUUCAUGAAUUAGGUUUCGAAACUUCCAUAAAUUUUUUGCCUCCACAAGGAGAUUCUAACCAUUAUGCGCUCUGCUCUGCUACUGCUACUGCUACCUGACCUUACAGCUUGCUAAUUAGUGAAUCUAGAGAAUAUAUGUAACUUUUAGUGUUACUUUUCUUCUAGGGGUGCUUCUUUCCAUAGAUAAAUUUGGGUAAAUAAUAUUGGCGAAAGUUGGGUAUAGAUUCAGACAAGGCAGAUUUUUCUUUUUCUUCCUCCUCCUGCCGUUUCCAAAUGUAAACCCCUACUCUCUCUAUUUUGUAGUUGAGUAACAAAAAUUUGAAACAAAGUGAAAAAAAAGAAGACAAGAUGCAAGCAAAUCCUCUUUUAUUUUCUUGA